CAGGUGGAACAUACGGCCUUCAAUGCUCUUUCAAGUGCAGCGAACAUUGUUUAAAUGGUUCAACAUGUAUGAAUACGAAUGGUACUUGUAUUAAUGGAUGUGACGCAGGAUGGACAGGACACACCUGCAUGGGCGCAUGUGAUGAUGGCAAGUAUGGUAGAAACUGUGUAUUCAAUUGUAGUGGUAACUGCAGAAAUAACUCCAUCUGCAGUAAAAAGGAUGGUAGCUGCGAGCGAGGCUGUAAGACAGGCUACAAAGGGAAAAAAUGCAAUGAAAGGUGUACGACUGGAACAUAUGGACGGAACUGUAGCUUUAAUUGUAGUGGACAUUGUCUGUACGAUUCAACAUGCACACCUGCAGAUGGUUACUGUUUGUCAGGUUGCAAAACAGGAUGGACUGGAGACACUUGUCAUGAUAGUAAGUUUACUAAUAGAGAAUGUCAAGAAGGAUUUUACGGAGCAAAUUGCACGCUUAACUGUAGCACGCAUUGCUUGAAUGGCACAGUGUGUAUACAUACAAAUGGUACCUGUACGAAUGGAUGUGAUCCAGGAUGGACUGGUGACAUAUGCAAGGAUGGUAUAUUUCUUUUAAACGACCCAUAA